UCCUUUUCAUUUUCAUUUCCAAUUUUGAAAUUCUUCUGUCAAAUUUCGAACUGCUCUCUCUCUCUGCUUUCUUGAUUUUCUGUUUCAAUGGCAGACCUCAAGAGAAAAAGAGGCCGGAAACCUAAAAAUGUGGUGGACAACUCCGCCGACGCCCCUGGUAUUUCUUCCAAAGAAGCCCUCGAUGACGGCGUACUAUCUGCAACCCCUGUCGAAACUGCCAUCACCAACGGUGACCCACCAACUCAUCGACGCGGCCGUGGACGCCCUAAGAAAGGUGGAAAACAUGAUGAAGAAGUAGACAGGGAUAUUGCGGCCUCUCCAGAGAGACGAGGUCAUAGGUUCGCUGAACACAACGGCGAUAUUACCACUGUAUUGAGUGGCGACUUGAGGCAUGGGGCGGAUUUGGCUGCGGUAGCAGCAGCAGCCAAGGCGGCUCCGUCUAUGGAUGCAGUGGUCAAGGUGUUCUGCGUCCAUACAGAGCCUAAUUUCUCGCUUCCUUGGCAGAGGAAGAGACAAUAUAGCUCCAGUAGUAGUGGGUUUAUCAUUGGUGGAAGGAGGGUGCUCACGAAUGCCCACUCCGUGGAGCACCAUACUCAGGUUAAGCUCAAGAAACGUGGUUCUGAUACCAAAUACUUGGCUACCGUACUUUCCAUUGGAACGGAAUGCGAUAUCGCAAUGUUAACUGUGAAUGAUGAUGAGUUCUGGGAAGGAGUGUCACCUCUUGAGUUUGGGGAUCUGCCUGCACUGCAAGAUGCUGUAACUGUUGUUGGAUACCCUAUAGGAGGAGAUACAAUCUCUGUGACUAGCGGUGUUGUCUCGCGUAUCGAGAUACUAUCUUAUGUUCAUGUGUCAACCGAGCUCCUCGGAUUGCAGAUAGAUGCUGCCAUCAAUUCUGGAAAUUCUGGUGGACCUGCAUUCAAUGAUAAGGGGAAGUGUGUAGGUAUUGCAUUUCAAUCCCUUAAACAUGAAGAUGCCGAGAACAUUGGUUAUGUCAUACCAACACCAGUAAUUAUGCAUUUCAUUCAAGAUUAUGAGAAGAAUGGAGCAUACACAGGAUUUCCUAUCAUUGGGAUUGAAUGGCAAAAAAUGGAAAAUCCUGACCUCCGCUUGUCGAUGGGUAUGGCACAUAAUCAGAAGGGUGUUCGUAUCCGAAGAGUUGAGCCUACGGCCCCAGAAUCCAAUGUUCUAAAGCCUUCAGAUGUUAUCCUUAGCUUUGAUGGGGUUGAUAUAGCGAAUGAUGGAACAGUACCGUUCAGGCAUGGAGAGCGUAUUGGUUUCAGCUAUCUCGUUUCUCAAAAAUAUACUGGAGAUGAUGCUCAAGUGAAAGUUCUCCGUAAAUCUAAAACUCUAGAAUUCAAAAUAAAGCUUAAUGCACAUAAACGAUUGAUUCCAGCUCAUAUCAAGGGAAAACCUCCUUCUUACUACAUUGUUGGUGGUUUUGUCUUCUCUGCUGUUUCUGUUCCAUAUUUACGUUCCGAGUAUGGAAAAGACUAUGAAUUUGAUGCUCCGGUUAAGUUGUUGGACAAACUUUUACACGCAAUGGCACAGUCAAUUGAUGAACAACUGGUUGUGGUUUCUCAGGUGCUUGUGGCUGACAUCAAUAUUGGUUAUGAAGAACUGGUAAACACUCAGGUUAUUGCUUUCAACGGCAAGCCGGUAAAAAAUCUGAAGAGCUUGGCUAAGAUGGUGGAGGCCUGUAAAGAAGAGUACAUGAAGUUUGAUCUUGAUUAUAAUCAGAUUGUUGUACUGCAGACUACAAAUGCAAAAGCGGCAACGUCUGAUAUCCUUGCAAUGCAUUGUAUACCUUCAGCCAUGUCUGAUGACCUGAAGACAUGAGAGAUGCUUUGGAUGCGUAGGAAAACUCCAGAUCCACCUUUUACCCUCUUUUAGCUACUUUGUCUUUUCAUUAUCAUCGGUCAUUUUACAUUAGUUAUGGAGUUUCUAGUCUCAAGUGUGGUGUCUUUGAUGGCCAAUCCAAAGAGAGUUUGUGUUCUCUUCCUUGCUAUAGGGAAACUGAAACAGAUGCUAUGUUAGUUUGUACCAGAUUUUCUUUCUUUCUUUCUUUCUUUCUUUCUUUCUUUCUUUCUUUCUUUCUUUCCAGAGAUACAAGUAGCACGGGACAUGACUUUGAGUGCUUUAAAAGCUGCAGAAUGUAGUUGAGAUGAUGUAUACAAACAAGGAAAUAUGCAGUCUGCUGCUCUUCCCCACUGAGAAAACAUAGCAACCUUUAGUAUUAUGAUUGCUGUACUUUUGUUUUCUUUUGGGGGAUGGAAUUCAGGCCGACUCUUUUGUUUAUCCCAAGCCUUAUCUAUGUAGAAUCCAAUCGAAAUGAUAAACUUCCGAUUUGAUUUCAUAUGGAAAAUACCAAACAAAGUAAA